AUGGGAAAAUCAUCAAAAGACAAGCGCGAUGCUUAUUAUCGUCUGGCCAAAGAGCAAAAUUGGCGCGCUCGUUCCGCCUUCAAAUUAAUCCAGAUCGACGAACAAUUCGACCUUUUCGAACACGAGAACCCCGAGAAAGUGACAAGAGUGGUAGAUCUUUGUGCAGCGCCUGGAAGUUGGAGUCAAGUACUUAGUCGUGUCUUGAUCAAAGGCGAAAGUUUUGGGCGCCGUGCGUGGCUCGAGAAGAAGCAAAAAGAACAGCAAGCUUUACAGAGAGGCGCGAAUCAGACAUCUAGCGACGACAACGAUAUCGAAGGACAUUACGAGAUUGGAGAGUGUGACCCUAGUGCGGAAUUGCAGCCUCGGAAGAAUGUCAAAAUUGUCUCGAUCGAUCUGCAGCCCAUGGCCCCGUUAGAGGGUAUUACCACUCUGAAGGCCGAUAUCACCCACCCCUCUACAAUUCCCUUGCUUUUGCGCGCGCUGGACCCAGAAGCCUACGAAUCAUCCUCAAUUUCCAACUCACCAUCGAAUACUCCCGCACCUAUCAAGCAACCGCACCCUGUCGACCUGGUCAUUUCUGACGGCGCGCCAGAUGUUACAGGUCUCCAUGACUUGGACAUCUACAUCCAGUCACAGCUAUUAUAUGCCGCCCUGAAUCUCGCCAUCGGUGUCCUUCGCCCUGGAGGUAAAUUCGUCGCCAAGAUCUUCCGUGCCCGUGAUGUCGAUUUGCUUUACGCCCAGCUCCGCACUGUCUUCGAGCGAGUCAGCGUUGCUAAACCGCGUAGUAGUCGUGCUAGCAGUUUAGAGGCUUUUAUUGUCUGCGAGGGGUUCAUUCCACCAACUAAUGGCGAUGGUGUGGGUGGCAUGGCCUCUUUGAAGAACCCUCUCUUCGGUGGCGCUGCAAUUCCAAAGCCUGUGUCGGCAGAUGGCAAUCUCGCUGUUGAAGUCCGCGAUGAUGAUGAAAACACACACCCUCAAAGGAUCUUAACGCAAACUGUUGAUCAUGGAUCUGAUUCAAAUCACCCUACAUAUACCAGUCAUUUACAUCCAUCUACCUGCUCGAUGGAUCCUCCGUCGGCGCAGAAGGCACCAUCUAAAUUUGCUGACGAGCAUCGGUGGAUUCCAUCGUUUAUUGCUUGUGGUGACCUCUCUGCUUGGGACUCCGAUGCUUCGUAUACUCUCCCACCUGAUUACGUUCAUCUUGACCCUGUCCAGCCCCCUACAGCCCCUCCGUACAGGAAAGCUUUGGAAUUCAAGCAGCAAAUGGCUGGUAUUCACGGCAAGACCAAGAAUUUUCAAUCGACGAAGGCAUGA